AUGGCGAGCAACUACGGGCUGGCUGCGCAGUGCCAGCUGAGGCGGGACGAGCUGCACGAGCUGCUCACUCUUUCGGCGGUGGCCACGCAGGCAGACGGCGGCGGCAGUGGCACGUCCAACGGGAAUGCCGUGCUGCCGCUGUGGCGCACGCUUCUCACGGCGGCGCACGUGCGAGCGCUGGUGCUGCACGCGUUGGUGCGUGUGUCUGUCCCAAAGAGCAAGCAGCAGCUCCUCAUCCGCGGUAACAAAUACACUAACGCUGGCGGUGGCGCGGGUGCCUCUGCGGAGAAUAAUAAUCAUCAUCAGCAGCAGCAGGUUUACCGUGUAGGGCAAAUAGUGGCGCUGGUGCCG